AUGGUUCUGGAAGAUGCCAGGUUACCUCUGCUGAAGCCAAAUAACGCUUAUGUGAUUAAACCAUCAGAUAAAUCUGUUCGAGACUGUAUCCUGAGCAUUCACAUUACUCAGAAGAGCCAGUGGCUUUAUGUGAUGUACCUGUGUAUUGUGUGCAUAAGAGGUUUAGGUCUAUAUGAAAUCUUGGAAAGGUAUUUUGAUGGCUGUGUUCCAUAUAAGGCAAAGAGAACUAAGUUUCUUCCUUAUAUCCAGAUAGAGAACAGGAGCAAACGCCUGGAGAAAGUCCAUGUUGUACUUGGGAAUAAAGCCUGUGAUUUGGAUUCGCUCAUUUCUACUCUGGCCUAUGCCUACUUUCUAGACAAGGUCAGUCCUCCUGACGUUCUUUGCUUACCCGUGUUGAACAUACCAAGAAGAGAUUUUAGCUACUUCACAGAGACAAGAUUUAUAUUGGAGGAGCUGAAUAUCCCAGAGUCAUUCCAUAUCUUCCGAGAUGAAAUCAAUUUGCACCAGCUGAAUGCUGAAGGGAAAUUGUCUUUAACACUUGUAAACAGCAACAUGCUGACAAGCGAGGAUAAAAGUUUGGAAUCGGCUGUUGUCAAAGUCAUCAAUCCAGAUGAGCAAUGUGACGGCAGCCUGGAGUUACAAGCAUCUUCUUCCUCUUUAGUAGUAAAAGAGAUUCUUCAAGAGGCACCAGAGUUAAUCACUCAGCAACUGGCUUAUCUCCUCAGAGGAAGCAUUCUCUUCAACUGCAUGUCUUUGGAGGCUGACAGAAUUACAGAGCAGCAGGAGAAAGUACUGUCAAUCCUAGAGGAAAAGUUUCCAGAUCUUCCCCCCCGAGAGGAAAUUAUCUCGGUUCUCCAGGAGAGUCAGUUUAACCCACAAGGUGUAAGUAUUGAGGAGGUUAUGCUGAAGGAUCUCAAGGAGAUUUCAGAUGGAGAAAUCAAAGUAGCAAUUAGCACUGUGUACAUGACACUGGAG